AAGUUUGUGAUCCCAGUAGUGGCCUAGUGCCUUUGCAGACGUGUGAACAAGAUAUAUUUAAAAUGUCCAAUGGUUAUGAAGAUCACAUGGCUGAAGAUUGCAGGGAUGAUAUUGGUAGAACAAAUUUAAUUGUGAACUACCUUCCUCAGAACAUGACGCAAGAUGAGUUACGGAGUCUAUUUAGCAGUAUUGGCGAAGUUGAAUCUGCAAAACUUAUUCGGGACAAAGUUGCAGGACACAGCUUAGGCUAUGGCUUUGUGAACUACGUUACUGCAAAAGAUGCUGAAAGAGCAAUAAACACACUGAAUGGCCUCAGACUUCAGUCAAAAACUAUCAAGGUUUCCUAUGCUCGUCCAAGUUCUGAAGUUAUCAAGGAUGCUAAUUUAUAUAUUAGUGGACUACCAAGGUCAAUGACACAAAAAGAUGUAGAAGAUAUGUUUUCACGUUUUGGACGCAUCAUCAACUCGCGUGUGCUUGUGGAUCAAACUACAGGUUUGUCCAGAGGGGUCGCAUUUAUCCGGUUUGACAAAAGGUCAGAAGCAGAAGAGGCAAUUACAAAUUUCAAUGGUCACAAACCCCCAGGUUCCUCCGAACCCAUUACAGUGAAGUUUGCGGCCAAUCCUAACCAGAACAAAAAUGUGGCACUGUUGUCGCAGCUGUGUCAUUCACCAGCUAGACGGUUUGGAGGGCCAGUGCAUCACCAGGCGCAAAGAUUCAGGUUCUCUCCUAUGGGUGUAGAUCACAUGAGUGGGCUUUCUGGUGUAAAUGUUCCAGGAAACGCAUCUUCUGGCUGGUGUAUCUUCAUCUACAACCUUGGUCAAGAUGCUGAUGAGGGAAUCCUCUGGCAGAUGUUUGGCCCCUUUGGUGCGGUUACCAAUGUGAAAGUUAUUCGAGAUUUCAACACCAACAAGUGCAAAGGUUUUGGUUUUGUGACCAUGACAAACUAUGAAGAAGCUGCAAUGGCCAUAGCAAGUCUUAAUGGCUACCGCCUGGGGGACAAAAUCUUACAGGUUUCCUUCAAAACCAACAAGUCCCACAAAUAACUUGCUCGUGCGUUUUGUAUGGAAUAGAUAAUUGAGUGACAGAAGUUGAAACAUUUUUGUUAGUGUAAAAUUCAUUUUGCGCCAAUUUUCACAAGUGUUUGUCUUAGUCUAAAUGAGAAGUGAAAAAGGUUUUAUAUUCUGGGAUGCAACUGACAUGUUCAAAUGUUUGAAAUCCCACAAUGUUAGACCAAUUUUAAGUUCCUUUAAGUUAUUCAUUUCAAACAUGUUAAAAAUCCCCUGAAAUCUUAACUAGAUUGCAUUAACUAGACCCUCUGGAUGGUGGUAAAAUUGAAGCAUGCUUUCACUUAUGAGACUAACAUUUGUUCCAUUGAAUGUUGUCUGCAAAAACUGGAAUUUUCUGAAAAAUAUCAGGCUGAAUUCAUUAAUUUUCUUGUUUUUUAUGUUGUUGUUUUUCCUACCCAUUCCCCUGACCUUCUCUACCCCAGACUCGGUAGUAUGGAAGAAAAGUUGAGAAAUACUAAUGUUUUAGUUGACAGUAAAUUGUUUGAUCAAUUAAUAUUCAUUACUACAUAUAUAGUUGAGGAUUAGGCUUUUUAAAGUCAAGGUCUUGUAAGUAGUAGCAUGCCAGCAUAACUUUUAACACCAUUGAUGAGGUAAGUUGCACACUGAGCAGUGGCCAAGCUGUCAAAUUCAAAGGUUUUAGAAACAUUACUUUUAAAGCCCACUUUCUAAUAGGAAUGGACCAAAGAGUUUCAAAGAAACUCCGGGAAGAUUUCAGAGUCAAAAUGAAACUCCAGAAAGAGAGUGUGAAUAUAUGUUGCUACUUUAUCAAACUGAAUCUCUUCUGUCCAAAUAUUUAAUGCAUGGUGCACUACUUACUGGUACAUUAUAAUGCAGCAAGAUACUUACUCAUUUUCAAAGAUCAUUAUAGUUUGAAUUCCUUUGGUAGUUCUGUUUUGUAAAGAAAAAAGUUAUAAACAUUUGAGCAUUGUAUUUCUCGCAUCCCUUCUAAUGAGUGCUAGAUUUUUCUAUUUUAAUAGGAUUUUGUUUUGACAACUAGCUUUACUUAUUGAACACUCAGCAGAAAAGUACUUACUACUUGCAAGUUAGAUAUUAACAAAAAACCCUUUGAUUUGUAGAUUUAAAGAUUAAUCCCCCAAGUCUUCUGCAGACUGCCUUGAAACUUUGAGUUGUUCUGUUUCUGUUAAUUUUCUUUUGCUUUUUUGUGUUUUUUGUUUGUUUUUACUUUUGCAUUUAAGAACAUUAAAUUUGAUUUUGUUUUGCUCAAAUUUUGUUUUGUUUUUUAUUUUCUGUUAUUUUUUUGCUAAGUAUUGCACAAAGUGUCCAGCUUUCAAAGAGUGUUGUUUUAAAGAACUAUAGUUCCUCUUUAAGAGUUUUAAGUUACUCCUUUGACAGAUGAGUAGAAGAAAAAGGGUUGUGAAACAAGAGCACUACAAUAAAUCUGUCGCAUAGAAACUGUGUGCCACAGACUGAUGUAACCCUGCAGGUGUUCUUUGGUAGGAAACCUGAAAAGGAUUACUCUAUCAGGUAAAGGCUGUGAAAGGAUACUGUGCACGACUAGAGACUUGGCCUGGGCGACUUUCGGGUCUAGUGUUCAUGUUCAGUUGCCAGAAGGUAGAGCAAACGCGAAAAUGGGGAGAGUGGCAGUUUUAUUGCAGUGUCUCCUUUUUUUUGCGUGAACCUCUACCAGUCCCAAAGUUUAUUUUCAAAUUCCAGAGGCCAUUCCAUGCCGCCUGCUCGUAUCGCUCCAUCCCUAGCUGAUCUUGCCUUCUGUUUGCAAUUAUUUCUCCUCUUCCUGUAAUAGGAUCUGCAGUCUUGCACAGCCUGAAGAAGUCUGCAUCAGCAUCUCUGCACGCCGCUGCUGAAAGGUGGCUGAACUAGCUGCCCAUCUCCAUUAAUUACCUUCAGCACUGUCUAGGAAAUGCUGUUGCUGAUAUUUCUGGAACUGCCAUGGCAUAAUUAAAGCCGUACAGAUAGGCCUUGGCGGAGUGAGCAGCCUCCCAUUGUUUUUGAGCUUGUGUGCAGUGAAUAUAAGUGGGAUUUCUGCUAUUAAUACAUUCAGCCUUGCCUUUCAUGCCAGUCCGGUUCACUCUACCAUCUUCUGAGAAGCACGGUGGUCUGUAAAACGGUGGCUGUGGCAAAGCAACCAACCAACUCCAACCCUGCAAAGAGUGCUUUCCAGCUGUCUAUUCCAGUGUCUAUUCCAGAUGUUUCCACCAAUUUAUCAUCACUCCUUUAUCGCUUCAACAAAUACUACUUUUCUGUGUACAAGGAGAGAUUCAGAAGCAUUCGGGGGAUUUCUCCCAAGUUAAAACUGCAUAGUAUAGAGAAGUCCUCGUACUGUGUCCCAUCACCUCUUAACCUCACACUAUGCUGUUCCACAGGAGUGGGUCUGCAGUCGUUUCCAAUUUCCUGUCAUUUUCUCUUGCCUUAUUUCAUAUAAGAUUAAUUUCCAAACUAAUUGGGAGUUGCUGUUUUAUCACAGCACUUAGAUGGGCGUUCAGACUUCCAACGAAUGACACCCUAAAUAUGACUUUGCAUCAGUAAUCAUUACAAGCAUGCUGACCAUUGCAACCAUAUCAGCAGCACACUGCUGUGAGUUCACUAGCUGUCACAUUUUUAAAAAACUUUCCUUGGAGGCUUUUUGGCAUCACUGUCAUCUGACUGCUUCCCUAUUUUUCCAUCUCUUGUUCUUUGCUAAAUAAGAAGGAAUAUCCUGCGUGGAUACUGUUUCAGUAGUGGUAUGAAACCAUCUCUUUUAGGAAACAUCUGAUCCCAGCUUCCUUUGAUUAGUUGCUCUGAAAAUAGUUACCAGGCAAUUUACAUGAGCAAAGCACUGCUGCUUGAGUCAGGAAAAGAGGGGGAAAAAAAAUCCUGCUAAAAUAUCAAGAGCUGAUACGAGAAGUGGUGUAUGGUCUGCACCAUUCUAACAGUCAAUAAAUACUUGGCAUAAAUAGCUGAAGUCAAGAAAAAAUUGUCUAUGUAUUCUUGAUGCUUUUGGUCCUAAACAAUAGUCCAUGCAUCCUACUAGUAAAUACAGAAAGGAAACUUAUGGAAGUGGAAACUAAAUUCUAACAACAAGUAAUCUCCCAGCAGUUUUUCUACGCAAAAGGUAUGAGCAACUGGUUUCCUUAUGUCACCCAGCAUACCCUCCUCUGAAGCUCUCCCUUGAACAUACCUGUUUCAGGAGAGGUUUUGGCCUCUUAAUCCUCAGGGAGUUUAGAAAAACUGCGGAUGCGUUCUGCUUUUUCAUCCUUUAAUUUGAUGAAAUAUAGACGUUUGUUUCAGGUGACCCUUCUGUCUCAGUCAGUGCUUACAAGAUCUUUGUAAAACCAAAGGCCUGUCUCAAUCCAGAGGUCCUGUACAUUUCCCAUGAGAUGCAGUAGGCUCAAUAAGGUAGAGAAUACUAGAAAGUCUUGGUUGCUGGAUUAGGACGUGAUGAUCAGAUUUUAAAGACCUGGAUUUGAUGGUCCAUACUGGAGAUGUGCUACAGGGAACAGCUGCGAUGGUGAAUGUUUUGGGGUCCUUCAGAAUAGGUGAGAAGCCUUGCAGGACACCCCCAGGUACCUGCUUCUGAAGGAUCAGGUAUAAUUCCUGAUGAAAACACAUAGUUAUGGCCAUGUUGCUAUUGCAGGGUCCCGUGUGUAGAUGUUGAAGAGAAUUAUGAUGUCUCAGGGGAUGGGGCAUGGUUUUUUGUGCCAGCAUUUCUGAAGGGAUCGAUCCGGCUUUCAUGAACCUGCAAUUUGGGCAACACCAUUUUCUUUUUACACUUAUUUGAUCACACAAAUAUGGUGACAAAAUGAGAAGUUUAUCUGCCUGUGUUUAAAAAGAAAAGGAUAGAGGAGGCUUUUUCAUCGAUCUCCUUAUGGUCAGGGUAGCUAGCCUUAGAGCUGAAGAUCUGCCAAUUGGGAGUACAAACAGGAAGACCAGUGAUACUGUUGUCAGGCUUCAGCUGGGGUCUAUUUUUGAAUGGACCUGUCUGCUUUGUGUCCAAAACUCACUUGCUUUCACAAAGAGAGAACUUGUUUGCAUGUGAAUGCACUUCAGCAGAAACUGGCCUUUGCUUCUGUAGCUUUUUCCGGCGGUGAGUCACCCUGGGUUUUCACUUCGCUGGCUGUAGGCCAUCUCGUUUGGAAGGCAGUCUGCAAAUCGGUCACCUUUGAGCCUUGGCUUCUGUGGCUUACUAUGCAAAGGCAGGAUCAUACAGCCGGGACUUGAUUAGCCUUCAGGACUUCGAAUGUUAAGCCAAUUAUCUUUUUCAGGAAAUUUUACCAGCUGUUGAAUGUCUGGUGUUACUUUAAUUAUUGCUUUGUCACUUUUAGCUUUAGAAUCACUUUGUUUUAUCUUGGUAUUUCUUUUGAAAGGGAACCUCUGCUGCCCUUACUUGGUACCUAUCCUCUUCUCCACUUUUUUCAAAUACUUGUUUUAUCUGGCACUCCAGGAAGGCUCUUACCAGGCCAAGGCAUGGCUGUUGAACACGCUUGUUGUGGGGCUGCUUCCAAAAUUGCAUAUGAGCAGUCUUCAUUCUUUGCAAGACUGUGGAGUUUCACUCUAAAAUGAGACAAUGCCUAGUUAAGAGCAAAACUGUCCUGAUUGUGGUUGAAGACCACCUCUAAACUUCUCUGAAGAUGUUCUGGGCUUUAGUUGUGUUGUACAGAAUAAAAAAUAA